AUGGACAGGCUUGAUGAAGAAAGUGCGGAUCUUGAUUUUCUUGAAGAAAAUCUGAAAAAGACCGAAGCUUUGACAGAAAAGAUGACCGGCAUGCUUAAUGUAUUUGAUGAUCGCUUAGUGAGAUUGGAAGCAUCGAUCCUACCAAUUCAUAAGUCGACACAGACAUUAACUAAGUUGGAAGAUAAUAUUGACAAGACGCGUAAUGGAGUUCUGGAGAUCAUUGGAUUUUUUGAUCUAGUGGAAAGAGAGGAAAUGACAAUAAAAAAAGGAAUAAAUGAAAGUGAAUUAGAAUGUUAUUUAAAUUCUAUUGGAAAAUGUAAAAAAGCAAUGGAAGUUUUGGGUGGAAUGAGACUAAAGAGUAGUGAAAAAGUUAUUGGACAGUUGAAACAAAUUUUAAAAGCUGGCAUGUUACAAUUGGAGGAACAUUUUCGCUUAUGUUUAACAAACAGAAGCAACACAAUUGAACCACUUUCUUAUAUAACAAAAAAUCUUGAUAUCCCUGGAAUACCAAAUGGUCCUUUGCAAAACCUUGCGACAUUAUCUUCAUACCUUGCAACUUCUGGUCCAGAACUAGGCUACAAUAGUGAUUUUGUAAAAGCAUAUAUUGAAGUACGAUCAAAUUAUCUAGCAAAGUCAUUAAAUUUGUUAGCACAAGGUUCUAUUAGCACCGCGGAAAAAAGAAGUACCCUAGUAUAUGAAAAAGGAACUUCCGAUAAAAUACUUCCCCCAGGAAGCGUUAUGUCUGGAUUCAGAGGUGCUAUACAAAUGCCAUUAGAUAAUUAUAUUGAAACUGGUAGAACAUUAAAUAAUCGUGUGAAAAAAAAUAUGCAGACGGACGUGUUUUUGGCUUUUGAUAUGAUGGAGUCAUUGAAUAAAAAUAGUGGCUCGUUUGAGGAAGUUUUUAGGCUUGCAGGAAAAAAAGAUUCAUCUUAUGGCGAUCUUUUGCAUUCAUUGAGAGCAGCCGCACUUCGUUCAUUCCCAGAAUUUAUAGAUGAAAUUAAAAAUCACCGUACAAAAACGACAAAUCUUCCAAAUGACGGUACCGUUCAUGAGUUGACAAGUACAACUUUACAACACCUAAAGCGAUUAACUGAUUAUCAGGAAAUAGUUGAGACCAUGUUAUUGACUUUAGGAGAUGGUAAUUGGAAUGUUUCAGAGAAAGAACCUAAUUUUUCACGAGAUAGAACAGUACGUGGCAUGUCUGCAAAUGCUAUUUUGCAACAUUAUUUUGCUGAUGUUCUGGAAAGCUUGACCAUCACAUUAGAUUUCAAAGCAAAAUCAUAUAAGAAGACUGCUUUGACAUGCAUUUUCUUAUUAAAUAAUUAUCAUUAUGUUUUGAAAAGCAUAAGGACACAAUUUUUCUCAAUUUUAGAAGAGAUUGGAUAUAAAUACGAGAAAAUGGUGAAAAGAUAUAAUGAUGGAUAUCUGGAUACAUGGAAGCCGUGUUUUGCAAACCUCAUGGAUUCAGUGGUUCGAGGUGGGACAUUAAAGACCGCAUUAUCCAACGAAAAAGGAAAUGUUAAAGAAAAAUUCAAGAAUUUCAACACAGAAUUUGAAGAAAUGUACAAAGUACAUAAGGGAUAUGCUAUACCUGAUCUUGAAUUACGUUCACAGGUUAUUAAAGAUAUCAAGAUGGUUUUAAUGCCAAUGUACAUUCGUUUCUUAGAAAAACAUCAACAAUCAGAAUUUUCCAAAAAUCCUACAAAAUAUAUCAAAUAUGAUCCACAAUCUUUGGAGAAUUUGGUUAAUAGAUUAUUCGAUGGAUCCAUAAAUUAA